CUGUCCUCCCUGGAAUUUACUCCAACUCUCAUUGAGUGACUUUACAGCAGACUGAGUGAGUCCAGGCCGGAGCAGAGGGACAACACAUACUGAAAAGACCCAGACUGAGUUUAAAGAAAUGACCAAAAGGUCUGCAUCCAGUGCGCACAAAGUCUCCAACAAUGGGUCUCUGCAGGACCAGGACCAGAACAAGGUGGGACUGGGGAAGAAGGUUACCCUGCUCCGAGGGAUCUCCAUCAUCAUCGGCACCAUCAUCGGAGCCGGCAUCUUCAUCUCUCCCAAAGGCAUCCUGAAGCACUCGGGCAGCAUAGGAAUGUCCCUGCUGGUGUGGAUCACCUGCGGGCUUCUGUCGCUCUUCGGAGCGCUGUGCUAUGCUGAGCUGGGGACCUGCAUCAAGAAGUCAGGUGGGCACUACACGUACAUCAUGGAGGCUUUUGGCCCUCGGAUGGCUUUCAUUCGACUGUGGGUGGAUCUCGUCGCCAUCAGGCCCGCAGGGAUGGCCGUCAUCUCUCUGGCGUUUGGUCAGUACAUCCUGGAGCCACUGUUCAUGCCCUGUGGGAUUCCUCCGACUGCUGUCAAACUGGCCACCGGCAUCGGCAUCACUUCUGUGAUGUACCUGAACAGUAUGAGUGUGACGUGGACCGCCAGGAUCCAGAUCUUUCUCACCUGCAGCAAGCUUCUGGCCAUCGCCAUCAUCAUAGUGCCUGGAAUGUUCCAGCUGUUCAAAGGGGAGACCAGGAACUUCGAGAAUGCCUUUGAGUUGAGCGAUAUGAAACUGUCCGGGAUGCCUUUGGCCUUCUACUCAGGGAUGUUUGCAUAUGCUGGGUGGUUUUAUUUAAACUUUGUAACGGAGGAGGUGGAGAGACCUGAGCGGACAGUGCCAUUGGCUAUCUGUAUCUCCAUGGCGAUAGUAACUUCCUGCUAUGUGCUGACCAACGUGGCGUACUACGCUGUGAUGUCGGCAGACGAGCUGCUGGCCUCAGACGCCGUUGCUGUGACGUUUGCAGAGAAGCUGUUCGGGAAGUUCUCCAUCUUCGUGCCCGUGUUCGUGGCCUUGUCGUGCUACGGCUCCAUGAACGGCUGCCUCUUCGCCUUGUCCAGGAUGUUCUACGUGGCGUCUCGUGAAGGACAGCUCCCUGAGGUUUUGUCAAUGGUCCAUGUCCACAGACACACUCCGCUGGCUGCUGUCCUCAUACUGUACCCUAUGACCAUGCUCCAGCUGUUUGUCGGUGACCUCUACAGCCUGCUGAACUUCAUGAGCUUCCUGCGCUGGCUCUUCAUUGGGGUGGUGGUUCUGGGUCUAAUCUAUCUCCGAUACACCAAACCAGACCUACCCCGUCCCUUUAAGGUCCCUCUCUUCAUCCCCGUGAUUUUCUGCCUCACCUGUUUCUUCAUGGUCUUCCUGUCUCUGUACUCCGACCCCGUCAACACCGGGAUAGGAUUCGCCAUUUCUCUCACUGGGAUCCCCGCCUACUACAUCUUCAUUCACUUCAAAGAGCGCCCGGCGUGGCUGCAGCGGGCGCUAGACUCUUUCAACAGAACGCUCCAGAUCCUCUUGGAGGUCGUUCCAGCUGAACAAUAAAAACACACACGCAUCAGAACAGCCCUGGUUUGUCCCACUUGGAACCAAAAAUCAAAGCACCUCAUUACUGGGGAAACAAAGGAAUAACUAGUCUGCAAUGUGAAGAGCCAAAUUAGCCCAAAGUCUCUGUAGUAACAGGUCAGCACCUCUAGGUGGAGCCACAAACUUAAUAACGUUAGUUAUAUGGAACUUGUCCCAGAAAACAAGAGGCACUUCACACUUCGGUGUUGGUACAUUUGUAUAAGACAUGCAGAACAUAACUUUGUUUUAAAGAAAAUAGAAAUAAAACACACACACACACACACACACACACACACACACACACACACACACACACACACCUGUAACACAGAGAACAGGGUUAGUACAAAUGUUUAAUGUUAGGAUUGUCUGAUUUGUCUGAUGAUUCUUUUUGUUAUAAAGAUUUUUGUCAGAACAACUUCAAGUUAUUUUAAUGUGAUGUUGCUGAAAUGCUGAUUGACCCUUCGUGUUUGUUGUGACUCUCUGACUGGUUAUCUAUUGUUUUGUUGAAGCUGUAGACUGUGUUGUGGGUUCCAGUCUCAGUCUUUUGGAGGGGAGGGGGGGGUUAGGUUUAUAUAACUCUGUAACACCCUCUUUAACGUUCUGUUAGCUUAUUAAGGUGUUUGAUUUGCUUUUUCUACACAACAUGAACAGGUUUGUUUUAAAAUGUCACGAUAACAGAUAAACUGUGAUAUGAUUCUAGUCCAAAUAACGAUUAACCAUAACUGGUUGUUACCAUGGCAACUAAAAUAAAAGUCUGAGAAAACUAA